AGGUGACGUCAGGCUGGGGCUGGGCUGGAAAAACAUGUAACGGUGUAAAGAGACGCAGCACCCACCCACGGCAUCCUUUACCGAGACUCAGUUCAUCAACAGAGACCAAUUCCCUUCCAUCACAUUGGGACUUCUUGGGGUGGUGGGGAAGGCCUAGUCCCCCCCCCCCCCCCCCCCCCCCCGCGGCCAGGCCGACCCUACCCAUGGACAAACCAGGAGCCAUGAGUACACCGGGCAAGGCCAGUGGGCUCAAACCCCCCAGCAAAAUAGUCCGUCCGUCUGUGGUGCCAUCAAAGAUGUCUCCGACCUCUGGUUCUCCAAAGCCAGUUCCUCAUGAGAAGUCUCCCGGCAGUGUGACCUCCCCUACUCAAGAUGGAAGUACGGACUUCCAGGUUGGAGAGAAGGUCUGGGUCAACGGCAACAAGCCCGGCUACGUGCAGUUUAUCGGGGGCACGCAGUUUGCUCCCGGGCAGUGGGCUGGGAUUGUGCUGGAUGAGCAUAUCGGGAAGAACGAUGGGUCUGUGGCAGGGGUCCGAUACUUCCAAUGUGAGGAUGGGAAGGGGAUAUUCACGCGGCCUUCAAAGCUAUCCAAGACUCCACUGCCAGAGAAGGAGGCAAAUGGGGGGCAGGCCAGUCCAGCCCCAGCAUCCUCAGCCACAAGCGAGUCUGCACCUGCUGGCACUAACUUAACUGCUCAGGGCACCGGCAUAAAGACAAGUGCUGCACUAAACCGAAUGCUCACAUCCAGCGAGUCGGUGUCUAACGUCUCAGACACCGAAUCCAUGAAGAAGAGGAGGGAACUGAGGCUGGGAGACCGUGUGCUGGUUGGUGGUAACAAGGCAGGAGUAGUGCGGUUUCUGGGAGAGGCAGACUUUGCAAAGGGAGAGUGGUGUGGAGUGGAACUAGAUGAACCUCUUGGCAAGAAUGAUGGAGCUGUAGCAGGGACCAGAUACUUUCAGUGCAUGCCCAGGUAUGGUCUGUUUGCUCCGGUCCACAAGGUGACACGGAUCGGCUUCCCGUGCACCACACCGACCAAAGCGAAGAGCUCACGGAGGAGGUCCACCCUCAAGAAGAGCCCGAGUGCUUCCUCCAUCAGCUCGCUCAGCUCCGCCACCUCCUCCAUCAGCGGCAAACCCAGCCGAGCGGGCCUGCUGACAGAGACAUCUGCUCGGUACGCUCGUAAAAUCUCUGGCACCACAGCGCUGCAGGAGGCUCUGAAGGAGAAGCAGCAGCACAUCGAACAGCUGCUAGCGGAGCGAGAUCUGGAGAGAUGUGAGGUGGCGAAGGUUACGAGCCAUGCAGGAGAGAUGCAGCAGGAGAUGGUUGUGCUGAGGAAAGGACGGGAUCAGCAUGCAAUGGAGAUGGAGGCAAAGCUGGAUCAGCUGCGUUCGCUGGUGGAGGCAGCAGAUCGAGACAAAGUGGAGCUGCUCAACCAGCUGGAGGAGGAGAAGAGAAAAGUGGAAGAUCUCCAGUUUAGUGUGGAGGAGGCCUGCAUCACCAGAGGAGACCUGGAGAUGCAGUCCAGACUGGAGCAUGCCCACAUAAAGGAGCUUGAGCAGAGCCUGCUUUUUGAAAAGACCAAAGCUGAAAAACUCCAGAGGGAUUUAGAGGACACUAGGGUGGCCACAGUGUCUGAGCGCUCCAGGAUCAUGGAGCUGGAGAGGGAGGUGGCCGACCUGCAGCUCAGGCUCCGGGCGUCCCAGCAGAAGGAGGACGCUGCGUCUCUGUCCCAGCAACAGAUCAGCAGCCUCAAGGCCCAGGCACUGUCUCAGGAGAAAAAGAUCAGUGAGCUGAGUGUUGACGUAGAGAGCAAACAGAAAGCGCUUCAGUCUGUGCAGCAAGAUAAGAGCUCUCUGGAAGAGCAGCUAACCAGCCUGAGACAAAAGCUUGAGACAGCUGAAGAGGAGAACAGGAGGACAGCAAAGACCAUGCAAGAAUUGGAGCAGAGUGUGGAGCAAUCAAAGAAAGAAAUCCAAACCCUGAAAGAGGAGAGUCAGUGCAGAGAGAAAGAGCUGACACAGGCUACUGAAAAGUCAGAGAGGACGGCCCUGUCUUUUGAACAGCUGACCAAUGACAAUAAGACACUGGAGACACAGCUUGAGGCUUUGAAACAACAGAACUCCAAAUACCAGGAAGAGCUCAGUCUGUCGAAAGAGCGGAGCAGCUCAGAAAACCAGCGAAUCGGAGUCCUCUGCAAGGAAAUUGAGGAGCUGAAGCUGGCCUCCCAGAAGUCUCAGCAUCUUGACGAGCACAAAGACGGUCGUAACAUGCCAGACAUGAAGACCAGAGACAUUUCUAAUCAGGAAACGGAGGGGGAAAUAAACUUCCAGAGAUCCACUGGAGCCUUAAUGUCAGACAAAGACCAGGAACUGGAAACUCUCAGGAAUGAGGUCGCCGCGCUACGAGGAGAAAACGCCACGGCCAAGACGCUGCAGUCGGCCGUGGAGACGCUGGAGAGAGACAAAGCGCAGCUGCAGAGCCGCGUUCGCAGUCUAGAACAAAGGCUCAUGGGAACCCCGGGUUCAGAGGGAGAAGACCGGGAAGCUCUAUCCUCAGGCGAUGCAGCUCUGGAGCAGCUGAGGGAGGAGAAGGAGUUCGCUGAGGGACAGAUCAACUUCCUGAACAGCGUGAUCGUUGACCUGCAGCGGAAGAACGAGGAGCUCAAGAUCAAACUGAAGAAGCUCGCUCUGGCGGAGUUCAACGGCAACGAUGGGACGGAUGGGUUUGUUGAAGGUGUACCAAAGCGGGAAAAGAAGGCGACUCCACGUCUCUUCUGCGACAUCUGCGACAGCUUUGACCUCCACGACACCGAGGACUGUCCCACUCAGGCCCAGAGCCCCGACUCUGUACCUCACACCACGUAUCACGGCAACCCGGGCGACGAGAGGCCCUACUGCGACAUCUGCGAGGCCUUCGGACACGCCACCGAGUCCUGCAACGAUGACCAGACCUUCUAGUAGCUCCCAAAAACUCUUCACCUGCAUUUUAAACCUUCCCUUUCCUCCUAAACACAACUCACCUGUUCCUCUCCCACAUCCAGCCCGACUGGACUCCCUUCAGGUUUUUCCAUAUUGUAUUUUUAUACUGUAUUUAUGCAUAUCACUGGUAGCCACCGUCCUGAUCUAAAUCCUUUACUCUGCAGCUCUUCUCUCUCUAAAGAUAAACUGUAAUACUGAAUGCUCGUCCAAAUAUGCUGCUUCGGUGCAAUAUCGAUGUUUAUAACAAUAAGGAAAUCUGUCCUCUGCACUCGUCUUUUGUAUCGUGUUUUGCAUCCGUUUGUUUCUAAAAAAUAAGAAAAAAGUGUUGUUGUUUUUUCG